AUGGAGAAGAACUUGCAAUGGUGGACCGAGGUUGCAGUUAUCAUAACAGUAUUCAUCAUAGGGCUUGUAGGAAACAUAUUUGUUCUUAUCAUAGUUAACGAGAGAAACGUUAGGAAGACAAUUCAUGGAACAUUUGUUAUAAGUCUGGCUAUUGCAGAUUUGGUUUUGCUGUGUUCGGAUUCGCCUGUUUCUAUUCUACAACACUUCAGCCUUACGUCUGAAACAUACAACUGCAGAGUACAUCUGACUGUUGUUACAACCGGAUACAAUGCAGGACUUUUCACCAUCACAUCCAUGGCGAUCUAUCGGUGCCAUGCUGUAACAAAUCCUUGGAGGCCAAAGCUAAAACGAAGAGGUGCAGUAAUAUGGGUGUCCUUCGUGUGGCUGGCAGCUUUUAUUUUCGUUAUUCCACUCAUUGUUGUUAGUAAAAUAACAAAAGAUGGCAAAUGUAUAGAAGAUUGGCCUUCCCUUGCUCAUCGCCAGGCAUACACUGUCUUACUCCUCACAGCACAGUAUAUUUUACCGCUGCUGAUUACUGCAAUUUGCUACAUACGAAUAUGGCUUUUUAUGAGAAAUCGACCGGUGUUUCCGAGAAACAGCAAUUUAUUCACUAACAGACGGAUCCCAGGAGAAGAAAAUACAAGAGAGAGUAUGAUAAUACUGAAAACCGUGGCAGUAAUUGUGUUCUUGUUUUUGGUGUUGUUGUUGCCUAAUCAAGUCGCGUGGAUGCUGUUGGAUUUCAGAAAUGUUUCCUAUGAAGAACUUUGGUUUGUUGCAGAUAUACUAACAAGACUCCAUAGCUGUCUAAACCCAGUCGUCUAUGGGGUGAUGAAUAAACAGUACCGUCGUAGUUACGUCACGUUUUUAACACGCACCCUGUGCUACCGUCACGUGUCACGUGUCGCGCAGGCGCCAACAUAGGAUAAAAGAUAAAGAUGAAAGAUACAUAGUUUAUUCACAAUCGCUUUGCAACUAGAAAUUGAAUUACACGCUUAUUACAAAAGAUGAUAUCAAUAGUAAGAUUAAAUAGAACUAUCAGUGGUUUAAAGCAAGUUUUUACGAAAAUUUGUUUUUACAUCUGUUUUGGUUAUAAAUGAAAUAUGUCGAUUAAAUCUAAAAUUCUAUCAAAAUAGGUUUAGGCU